AUGCCAUCCAAUAAUAGUAGCUUUUUGGAUAUUGAUGACGAUCUCGAAGGCGUGGAUGAUUUUGCCGGUGAAACCAACCCAUUCGAUGAUGCCACUGUGCCAGACAGACCAAGCAUGAAUAAGUCGAAGGCUGGUGAAGGAAAUGGAUUUUAUGGCACAGCAGACAGUAAGGGCGAGUCUGCACCACUUCAGGGCCAAAUGGACCCACCAGCCUAUGACCAAGUGAUAGGGGAAAACACGAACGAUAACGGUGGGCGUGACGGGUUGAGGCCGGGACUAAUAAACUACUAUUCGAGAUACUUUCAACUUAACUUGACGCAGUUCAAGAAAAGAUUAUCUGCGGUAAUGACAUUCAGAAAUGAUCACAAUGCCGGGGAUAACGACAACGACUGCGAUUUGUACGGUGCUGUCUGGAUCACUGCCACAGUAGUGAUGAUUAAUUUCACCAUGAGCGGUGGGCUGAGCUUCAUCAUAAACGAAGUAAUUGAAGGCACCAGGGCCGGUGGAGAUGUUGAUAGAGCCAGUCAGUUCAAGAAGCUGCUCCAUUCAAUCUGGCUGUUUUACGGGUAUACCUUCGGGGUGCCAUUCAUCACGAUGCAGGUUUUGCAAAGGGAUGAGCAUUCGGAACGCAACAGAAGUUUCAAGAGUGUCCCCGAAUUGAUUUCAGUUUACGGGUACUCCAAUUUGAUUUGGAUACCCGUUUGUGUUAUUUUAAAUAUCUUGGAUAUGUCUAAACGUUUGAGGACGGUGCAGGCCAUUCAAUGGGCGAUCGUAGCUCUUGGGUGGGCACAAUCGUCGUAUUUCUUGAAGUCACAGAUGUCCAAGAAUAAUGGCGAAGACGGUGAGACUCAAGCGGGUGGCAAGUUAUCUUUAUCUGUUAUUGUUGCCAUUGCCCUGCACGCUUUAUUCUGUUUAUUAUUUAGGUUUAUAAUAUUUUGA